AUGGUGCUCCAGCUCCACUGCGCCACACCGACCAUCUCUCCGCCUGCCGCCCGCCCCUGCCACCUCCACCUCCACGGCGCCAGCGGAGCGCUCCCGCACCCAGCGCGCGGCCUCGGGCACCUUCCCCGCCUCCUCCUCGUCAGCGUCAAGGACGCGCGCGCGGACGGAGCGGUCUGCCACGUGAGGCGGCAGGUGCGGUACGACGAGGACGACGAGGAGGAGGACGAAGAGGAGUGGGGCCACAACGAGGACGUCGCGAGGAUGGAGCGGUACACCGAGGACGCCCGCGACCAGGCGCUCCUGGUGAAGGCCCGGGUUGACGACGAGGUCGAAGUCGUGCUCGUCUUCAGGGGCUUCUCGUCGAACUUAAGCGGGGGAACGGCCGCGGAUCCGUCGAGGAGCGUCCUGCCGGAGAGGGCGAUCAUACAGUCGAUCGACGUGGUGAGGGGGCCGUUUGACCCCAACAACAUCGAGUACCUGGAGAAGGGAGUGGAAUGGGACGACUUCAGAGCCGCCUGUGAUAGCACUAGCUGCCGUAGCAGGAAAGAAAUGCACUGCAAGCAUUCUUCUGUUGUUCUUUAA